AUGCGGCAAGCCGUGCAGCGUAAACCGGCCACGCAAGCUGCCGCCGGCAGCGGUAGCGGGCAGCGGCGGCGGGGCGCAGCCGAGCGCCUGCCCCGCCCACCGGCCAGCCUAGGCCAGCCGUUGCUUACGUUGGCGCAGCGCAGCAGCAGCAGCCGCCCGCCACGAUUACAAGUGUCGUGCAGCGCAGCACCCCUGCAGCUGCAGCAGCAGCAGCGCAGCGCGGUGCCGCCGCCGGCCCCCGCAGCGGCGGGCGGCACCAACGGACAGUCCGCAGAGGCGGAUGUCUUGAUAGAGUUUCGGGACGUGUGGAAGUCGUUUGGCAGCAAGACAUCCUGCGGGGGCGCACCUUCAAGGGUCGCCGCGGUUAGGCGGGUGGGCAUCUUGGGCUCAGGGGCCACCGGCAAGUCCACCACGCUGCGCCUGGCGGCGGGCCUGCUGCAGCCAGACAGGGGGGAGGUGCUCAUCAAGGGGGAGCCCCGCAAGGGGCUCAUCUCAGAUGACGACACCAGCGACAAGCUGAAAGUGGGGCUGGUGUUCCAGAGCGGGGCGCUGUUUGAUUCGCUGACCGUGGGCGAGAACGUGGGCUUCAUGCUGCACGAGCACACCAAGCUGGCGCCGCACAAGAUAGAGGAGCUGGUGGCUGAGUCGCUGGGCAAGGUGGGGCUGAGCGGCGUGGAGAAGCUGUACCCGUCUGAGCUGAGUGGCGGCAUGAAGAAGCGGGUGGCGCUGGCGCGGGCCAUUGUGCGCGACGAGAAGCACGACUUUGUGGAGCAGGUCAUCAUGUAUGACGAGCCGACCGCGGGGCUGGACCCUGUGGCCUCCACGGUGGUGGAGGACCUGAUCCGUGACCUGCACGACAAGCAUGGAGAGGGGCACCAGCACCACCACCACCACAGCAACGGCAAGCACCGGUGGGCUGUCGGCAGGGAUGGCGGCGCCAAUGGCAACGGCAAGGCCGCCCCUGCGCAGCCUGGUGCGGCAGAGCAACCUGCGUGCCCGCCUGGCGGCAUCACCAGCUACAUCGUGGUGACUCACCAGCACAGCACCAUCCGCAGGGCAGUGGACCGCAUCAUCUUCCUGCAUGAGGGCAAGGUGGUGUGGGAGGGCACCGUGGAAGAGUUUGACUCCACAGGCAAGCCCCCUUGCCCGCUUGCCUGCAUUGGCCAGCUCUGGCUGCCAGCUCAUGCCUUUUCUAACCGCAUCGCAACCUCAUGGAUUGGGCACAUUAAUGUGCUGGGGCCGAACCCACUAACCCUGCCGGCUGUCCAGAGCGAGGAAAAUCUGGCCGCCGAUGGCAUCCCGGGGAGGCUCCGUCUUGCAAGCGCCAUGCCGGUCUGCCGGGCAGCCGUCCGCCGCCCAGAUGCCGCCACGAAGCUCCUUAUUUUUUUUUUGGCGGCAUUUCUGACGGUGAACGCCAGGUGGAAAGCAAUAAUUCGCUCUAUGGCACAAUGUCGGGGCUGUAGCUCAUAUGGUAGAGCGUCCGCUUAG